AUGGUUGAUGACAUGAAGAAGGCUUCUGCCUUGUGGCUCAGCAGACCAACUGACGAGGAUGCUGAGUUCACGCUGCUCGCAAGCGACGGAAACAUGGGCUUGCGCCCGCUUCAUCCUGACACGUGGAUGCUCAGCAGAGAGUCGCACAGGAUACACCAAACUGGCGUUGGCACAGUCAUCCUUCCUGGCAUUUUCCAAAUUUUGGAUCAGCAAGAUGUGAUUCUGACCAGGACGCAUGUGGAGGCCAAAAUCUAUUUUAUGGCCACGGGUGUACCUCGAACUUUGGAUGCAAACCAGGUAGAUCUGAUGCUCGCCAUCCUGAAAGCGAGAACAGCUGAUGCUGCCCGCAAAGCCCUCGUCAAGUUGGGCAUCUUGCAAGAUGACCACAAAAUAUCGUACACGGCGAUCAAAUCUCAAUUUGCUCUGACAGGAAUGCGCCAUUUUGAGACAGAUGUGUUGCCUGAGUUUCCUCGGGCUGACAUGCAGUCGGGCUCUUCGCAAGAAGGUCGUCCCGCAAUAAAGAGGAAGAAAAGCAGGAAGUUGUACAGACCAAAGCCUGCGUUGCUGGCUUCUGCUGAUGCCCUGCCUGAGCCUCCGCCAAAGCGGUCUCAGCGUGUGCUCAAGCCGCAGAAAGCCAAGCGUUCGGUUUUCAAUAGGUAG